AGGAGGGGACUAAUUACACUCUUUUCUUCUCUACUUUCUUAAUUACACAGUAGAGAGAGAAAGAGAAAAGGUUAGAGAGAGAAAGAAGAUGGAGAAUCAUCAAGGAGGAGAAGCGAUGGGGUCAACUUUGACCAUGGAGAAAGCCAAGGCUGCUAAGAAGUUUAUCGAGAAUCACUAUCGAGCUCAGAAUAAGAACAUUCAAGAAAGAAAAGAGAGACGCUGGGUACUAGAAAAACAGCUAGCUUCUUCGGACGUGCCCGAAGAAGAGAGAAUGAGCUUGAUUAAGGAUUUGGAGCAAAAAGAGACAGAGUUUAUGCGACUGAAAAGGAAUAGGAUGUGCGUGAAUGACUUUGAACUUCUCACCAUCAUUGGGAGAGGAGCUUAUGGUGAGGUCCAUCUGUGCCGGGAAAAGAAAUCUGGAAAUAUAUAUGCCAUGAAAAAAUUGAAGAAAUCUGAAAUGCUUAGUAAAGGACAGGUGGAACAUGUUAGAGCUGAAAGGAAUUUGCUUGCAGAAGUUGACAGUCACUGCAUUGUAAAACUAUAUUAUUCCUUUCAAGAUGCUGAACAUUUGUAUCUGAUUAUGGAAUAUCUUUCUGGCGGUGACAUGAUGACCCUUCUGAUGAGGGAGGAUAUCUUAACUGAAAAGGUUGCAAAAUUUUACAUAGCACAGAGUGUCUUGGCAGUAGAAUCUAUUCACAAGCACAACUAUAUCCACAGGGAUAUCAAACCUGACAACCUUCUUCUUGAUAAGAGUGGUCAUAUGAAACUUUCAGAUUUUGGCCUCUGUAAACCUCUUGAUUGUGCAACAUUGUCUACUAUCAAUGAAAAUGAAUCCAUGGAUGAUACUUCUAGAGAUUCAAUGGAUAUAGAUGCUACCUUUCCUGAUGCUGGUAAUGGUCACAGUUGGAGAAGUGCUCGUGAGCAACUUCAGCACUGGCAAAGGAAUAGGAGAAGCUUGGCAUUUUCAACUGUGGGUACACCUGAUUAUAUUGCUCCUGAAGUUUUACUGAAGAAAGGAUAUGCAAUGGAAUGUGACUGGUGGUCAUUAGGUGCAAUCAUGUAUGAAAUGCUAGUUGGUUAUCCUCCCUUCUACUCUGAUGAUACAAUGACAACAUGCAGAAAGAUUGUACGCUGGAGGCACUAUCUAAAAUUUCCUGAGGAUGCAAAGUUGACAUUUGAGGCAAAAGAUCUUAUUUGUAAGUUGCUUUGUGACGUUGAUCAUCGAUUAGGCACUGGAGGGGCAGAGCAAAUUAAGGCACAUCCUUGGUUUAAAGAUGUUGAGUGGGAUAAAUUAUAUGAGAUGGAGGCAGCUUAUCAGCCACAAAUAAAUGGGGAGCUUGAUACUCAGAACUUUAUGAAAUUUGAUGGGGCAAACAAUGCAACACCAUCAAGAUCUGGAUCAGGACCCUCGAGAAUGAUGCUGAUGCCAAAUGAUCUAAGUUUUGUUGGAUAUACCUACAAAAACUUUGAUGCUGUUCAGGGGCUACGCCAUUCUUAUGAUGUUGAGGGAAAAGAUGACUAUAUUUGCUUAGGUAUCUGACUUUUCAUACAUGAGUUACCUUGCCCAAGCUCGUGCAAGAACUGAGAUUCCUAAGGCUUAAGUAUUGAGGGAAGGAAGGGGGAGGAGAAGGAAAAGGGAGACACCCUUAAUUGAAUGUCAUACAUCUCAAUGCAAGGUUCCAACUCUAUAUAUAUGUGAUGAGUCAUUGCGUUGGUUGAUGUGAAACUCCUAUCCUGAAGGGCCUAUGGGUCGAAUACUAUCCAGAAAAGAUAUUACAGGCUUACAGCACAAGGGUUUCAUCAAAAAAUUGCAUCUAUGCCUCCGUACUUGAAAAGUCAAGCUUCACCUUCCAAGGUUUCCAAGACUUUGGACUUCUAAGAGUUCUAAGAAGUGUUCAUCUAGUGCUUGACUAGUUAAUUCAGAACAAGGUGUGCAAGGAUUCAUAGAAAAACUGAGCUAAUUAUUUAUACUAAGCUAAAAAUAACUUGUUUAUAAUAAUAAUAAUAAUAAUAAUAAUAAUAAUAAUAAUAAUAAUAAUAAUAAUAAUAAUAUAUCUUUGUUCGCCUUCAACCUCUCACCCAAAAGUGUAUAUGUAUAAGAAUAGCGUGUUAAUUAAGGGACAAGCCAGUGAAUACAAUUACGCAAUCAAUUUCAUCAAAAUUUUGUUUUCAAAUCAGUAAUAUUUAUCCACCACACUGAUUUUCUUUGAUUAAAUUCCUUAUUCAAUUCAGUAGUCUUGAGAACACCAUAUUUACAAUUUUGGCAUUGUUGUCUUUUGUUAGAUUCUAGGAAAGACUUUGAUAGAUUGAAUACUAACAUUACAAUUUUGACCAACUAAAGACUACACAAAGGGUAAAUUGCUAAAAAGUGGAAAAAAUGAUCACUGUUGUAUUCUUACAAAAUAUUAUGUAUCUUUUGUAAAUUAUAGGUUAGGAAAAAUAUAGUCAAUAAAGAUCUAUUUUUCUUGAUUUAAUUGAUUAUAAUGAACAUUGGCAAAUGAGAAAACUCAAACAUUGCAAUUAAAAUAGAACGGAAAAAGUAAAUGAUUUAGUAUAGUAGUAUAAGAGUUUGUUCUGAUUUACUGAAAUGAACUAAAUUGUUUAUAAGAGUAGGAAAUUGGGAAUUGAAUUGAAUUGAACUGAAAUUAAGCUGAAGAGAACCGGGCAUAAGUUUACUAUUUUUUUUUAAAAAUACGGAGUAUAUAAAAUUAUUUGCUAUGUUUCAAAAUUGUUUUAUUUAUGUGCGUAAUAAAUUGAAGAUUAAGUAGCUCAUUAUCGGCAAAAUGGCCUAGUUUGUGAUAACUUGGGACUACUUGGUUAAUGUAAUAAUUGUAAUUUUAUUGAGCUUGGGAUGAUUAAGGUCUUGUUUUUUUGACGUUGUA